AUGCCUGCUUCAGAAGACAAGAGCGACGAUGGUCCCCUCAGUACCCCCGACUUUGGCGAUGCGAUUGACUCAGUCACCUUCGGUCAGAUCCUGGAGAUGGAUGAGGACGAGAAUGAUCGCGACUUCAGCCAGUCAAUCGUUUUUGGUUUCUUCGAGCAAGCAGAAGAGACCUUUGAGCAGAUGGACGACGCCUUAAAGGAGAAGGACCUCGAGAACCUGUCGUCGCUCGGUCACUUCCUCAAAGGCUCUUCAGCCACGUUGGGACUCGUCAAGGUUAGAGACAGUUGCGAAAAGAUCCAACGUUACGGCAAGAAGGAGAAUGAGGAUGGAACCCCAGAGCUUGACGAGGCGCUGUGCUUGAAGCGAAUUGAGGGGACGCUCAAGGACCUCAAGAAGGAGUACGAGGACGCUGAGAAGCUUCUGAAGAAGUUCUUCGGCACCGAAGAAGAAGAAGAAGAAGAAGAAGAAGAAGAAGACUAA